CAGAGCAGUCAUGAAGGAAGUAUGGCUGACUGGCUUACUGGAACUAGAUUGCUCAGAAGUCAAAAACAUCACAAACACAGAGAGAAGUAAACAGUUCUUGAAUAAUCAAAGCGUAAAUUACAGUGUGGCAUUUCCUGCUCUCUAUAAUUUGUCCUCCUUUAUCAAUAAGAAUUGCAACAAUUACAAGAGGAAUGGCUCCAGUAAUCUAUUUCUGCCGAAUGUGUUAGGUAGAAUCAACCAGAUCACAGAAGACAACGAGUGGGAGAAAAUGGAGGAGGGUCAACGCACAGAUGCUGCCUCGCUCCUGAUGAAUUCUCUGGAGAUUUCCAUAGAGAUGGCUGUGGUAAACAUGGACAUGGAGAAAUACAACUUAACGGUGGAUAGUCUAGGCCUUCAAGUCAAAAUUCUUAGAAAUAAAGUCACCAGGGUCAACGGAACUGUGACACUAUUGGCAAAACAAAAUCAGAUGGAAUUCCACUGGGAAACAAAGGAGUCGAAAUAUAACUAUGAAUUUGCAGCUGUUUCUUUCAUUGUCUGCACAAAGAUGGGGGCGUUACUGAAUGUGAAAGAGCUGGAAAUGGAGAAUAAGAAGUUUGGGAAGGAGCAUUUGGAGCUGAAUUCAAACCUGCUGAUGGCUAUAAUGACCACCUCCAACCAAAGACUUGACAACGUCACAUUUAUCAUCAAAAACAAAAAGGUAGAUGACGUCAAUGAUUACACGGUCUGUGUCUUCCUGCGUAAGAGCCAGGGCAGGGUUUUCUGGUCAACCACUGGCUGUGAGAAGAUGUCCUCCAAUCAUUCCCACACACUCUGUAACUGCAGGCACCUGAGUAACUUUGCCGUGCUGGUUGCUCUUUACAAGGUGGAGGGUCCUGCUCUUACCAUCAUUACUUACAUAGGCAUCAUGAUCUCACUGGUGGCACUGUUAACAGCGAUCAUCACAUUCAUCAUGUGCCGGGCUAUCCAGAGCUCACGAACCACUAUCCACACCCACCUCUGCUUCUGUCUAUUCCUGGCAGAACUGCUGUUCCUCAUCGGAAUAUCGAAAACCGAAAACAAGGGUGUGUGUGCUGCCAUUGCUGGGGUCCUGCAUUACCUCUUCCUGGCAAGUUUUAUGUGGAUGCUUCUAGAAGGAUUCCAACUCUACCUGAUGGUGGUAAAGGUCUUUCAGGCCCAGAGUCUUCAUGGGAAAUACACCUAUCCCAUUGCCUAUGGCACUCCAGCUCUGAUCGUCAUUCUUUCUGCAGCAGUGUACCCGGAAGGCUACGGAACCAGAGAGCACUGUUGGCUGACAAUGGAGAAGGGAUUUCGCUGGAGUUUUGUGGCUCCCAUGUGUAUCAUCUUCCUGGUAAAUCUUAUUUUCCUCAUUGUGACAAUAUGGAAACUGAUUCAGAAAUUUCAUUCCCUCAGUCCAGAUUUAACGGACUUACAGAAAGUCAGAGUGUUUGUCAUAACGGCAAUUGCUCAGUUGGUGUUGCUGGGCUCUGCCUGGAUUUUUGGAGUUUUCCAUUUCCAAAGGAGAACCAUUGCACUGGCAUAUAUCUUCACAAUCCUCAACAGCUUCCAGGGAACAUUCAUCUUCAUUCUGCACUGUGUCAUCAACAAGCAGGUGAGAAGUGAGUAUCGAGUGUGGUUUGUAAACGUCUGCAACUUCCUGAAGGUAUCAAAGUACUCGUCAUUUGCUGAUUCGUUCCAGCCUUCCUCCUCCUCUCAAGUUGGCACCUCUGCAACCGAUGAGUGAAUUUAUGGGCAUCAGUCACUGAUAAAACAUAUCCUCUCAAGUUCCGUCGAGUAUAAUACUUCCAAUAGUUUUUGUGAAAUUUAAGUAGAGGAAGUUUAUUUUGUAAUGACGUAAGCUUGGACUGUUAAUAUCCAUUCACUGUUCAUUGACCAGAGAAAAAAUAUUGUUUUAACCCAUUGUUCAAUUCAGGUUUCUAUUAUCUAUGGAUUUUGGUUCGUAAUUGCCUGACAAUUAAUUUGCAAAGACUUAAAACAACUUUCUGCUUCUACAUCUGAGACCUGUGGUCUCAGCACACUGCUUAUCAUCUGUCUACACCUCAAGCCCAUCUCCCUGCCAUUUGCAUGAACCCACACAAGAAAAAUCAAACAAAGUUACUCUGAGGAGCUCCAAUAAAUUUGGGAUCUGCAGCAUUUUGCAGCACAGAACUGGGGGAGCUGCAACCUUUGUGAAGUGUUUCUGAGUUCUUGAUGAAGUGAAUGCAAAAUAAUUUUUAAAACCUCUUGCUUUAGCAAUUGCUGCCCUCUGGAACUUAAACAUGGGAUUUUUUUAUUUCCCAAAUCCCUGCCUCUUCAAGGCCAAUGUACCUACACAUAGAGAAACAUAUUCAUCUCUUCAUUCAUUCACAUCUCUUAGAAUUGUUACUGAAGAGUAGGAGGCUGUAAAGAUUAUCAUGCCUAUGGUUGCGAUCUCAUAAACACCGUUUUCCGUUCACCCAGUGAAUUAUUCUCUGUCAAGACAUAUUUUUUAAACUUUGGUGCAAUUGGACACACCUCACUUGUUACCCUAUUAGAGAGACAGGAAUACAACAGUGCAGGGAUUUACUUCCUGAGGUACUGGAGUUCUGCACCACUAAUCCAGAUACAGCAGUUCAAAUCCCACUACUUCUACAGCAGUGGUCGAAAUUAAGAUCAAAUGGUUCAGUAAGAGUUUGAUCCCAGUGAUGAUAACAAUGGAUCCUCCAGCUUUUCACUAAACCCCAUCAAAUUCACAAAUUUCCUUUCUUCUGGUUAGACUAUUUGUGCCCCCAAGCUCACCAAUGUAAUUGCCCCUCAGUUCCAUAUAAUGAAAGUUGGCAUUGUCAGUGAUAUCACUGUCACAAACAAGUACAAAUCCUAACAGUGGUUGGCCUGAACAUUAACGGUCCAUGCAUGCUGCCCAAACAGCUCAGCAUUAAUGGCACUCUGCAGCAUUUUGCUUUUCCCCUUUCAGUUCACUAGACACCAUGCUGCACGUCUAACCUGACAAGGUGAAUCUCAGAGCUCCAUCCCACCAACGAUGCUGUAGUAUUAGUUGUUUAAAUCACUUUAGCUCUGCAAUAUUGCCUUACCUCAGUGCUUUUGAUAUUGCCAGCAGAAUGUAUCUAAUUAAAUAAA